AUGGCUCAGAGAGGAAGUCAGAUGGAUUUACAAAAAUACUCUUGUUCCAUCUGUUUGGAUCUACUCAAGGAUCCGGUGACUAUUCCCUGUGGACACAGCUACUGUAUGGAUUGUAUUAGAAAACACUGGGCUGGAGAGGAUCAGAGGAGAAUCCCUAGCUGCCCUCAGUGCAGAAAAGAGUUCAUACCGAGGCCUGUCCUUGUGAAAAACAUUGUGUUAUCAGAGUUGGUGGAGGAUCUGAAGACUGGACUCCGAGAUGCUACAGGUGAUCUCUGCUAUGCUGGACCUGAAGAUGUGGCCUGUGAUGUCUGUACUGGGAGGAAGAUGAAAGCUGUUAAGUCCUGUUUGAUCUGCCCUGCUUCCUACUGCAGGGAUCACCUCCAACCACACUAUGAUGUUUCUGGACUGAAGAAGCACAAGCUGGUGGAUCCAUUCAAGAACCUCCAGGAGAGCAUCUGCUCCCGUCAUAAUAAGAUAAUGGAGACCUUCUGUCAUACUGAUCAGCAGUAUAUCUGUUAUCUCUGCACUAUGGUUGAACAUAAAGGCCAUGAAACAGUCCCAGCUGCAGCAGGAAGGACUGAGAAGCAGAAGGAGCUCCAGGUGAGACGACAACAAAUCCAGCAGAGAAUCCAGGACCAAGAGAAAGAUGUGAAGCUGCUUCAACAGGAGGUGGAGGCCAUCAAUGUCUCUGCUGAUAAAGCAGUGGAGAACAAUGAGAAGAUCUUCACUGAGAUGAUGCGUCUCAUCCAGAAAAGAAGCUCUGAUGUGAAGCAGCAGAUCAGAUCCCAGCAGGAAACUGAAGUGAGUCGAGUCAAAGAGCUUCAGGAGAAGCUGGAGCAGGAGAUCACUGAGCUGAAGAGGAAAGACGCUGAGCUGGAGCAGCUCUCAGACACAGAGGAUCACAGCCAGUUUCUCCUCAACUACCCCUCACUGUCAGCACUCAGUGAGUCUACACACUCAUCCAGCAUCAAUAUUCGUCCUCUGAGAUACUUUGAGGAUGUGACAGCAGCUGUGUCAGAGCUCAGAGAGAAACUAGAGGACAUUCUGAGAGACAAAGGGACAAACAUCUCGCUGAAAAUCACUAAAGUGGAUGUUUUACUGCCACAACCAGAACCUGAGACCAGAGCUGGAUUCCUAAAGUAUUCACAGGAAAUCUCACUGGAUCCAAACACAGCAUACAAAUACCUGUUAUUAUUUGAAGGGAACAAAAAAGCAACGAUAACAAAGCAACAACAGUCUUAUCCUGAUCAUCCAGACAGAUUCACAACAAGGUGCCAGGUUUUGAGUAGAGAUAGUCUGACUGGAUGUUGCUACUGGGAAGUGGAGUUAAAAGGAGAAGGAGUUUAUGUUGCAGUUUCAUACAAGAACAUCAGCAGAUCAGGGACAUCACUAGAAUGUGUAUUAGGAUUCAAUGACAAAUCCUGGGCUUUAAGUUGCAGCAUAAAAGGUUACACAUUUUUUCACAACAAUAUUCAAACUCCAGUAUCAGGUCCAGUUUCCUCCAGAGUAGGAGUGUACCUGGAUCACAGAGCAGGUAUUAUGUCUUUCUACAGCAUCUCUGAUACCAUGACUCUCCUCCACAGAGUCCAGACCACAUUCACUCAACCUCUAUAUGCUGGGGUCCGGCUUUUUGAUGAGGGAGACUCUGCUGAGUUCAUUAAACUGAAAUAGUCAGAACUUAUCUGAGGUCCAGUUGGUUAAAAUGUGUAUUUUGGUUUCAGAUUUUUUAGUCUCCAUCAUUGUUGCUGAGGCCUCACUGUUGCUUAUUUUGAUGAGAUUUCUAUGUAUGUAUAAUAUUUUCAGAAUAUUUGUUCAGGGAAUAUAGACAAUCUUUAUUUUUUAGCUACGCUGAAGAUUUCGGUGUCACAUUGUUGUGCCAUCAAGCCACGAGGAAAAAAAAACAAACUUUUACAGGGACCACGAACUGGCGCCCUCAGCAGGGUGCCGUUGCUAUAAACCCAAGCUUCCAACAGACAAACGUCCUCAUUCCCAUUGCUCCUGGAGCAGCAAGGGGGGUUGGGGGAGGGGGAACUCUCAUUGUCCUCUCCGGAGCGG